CAUCUAGCCGGGAUCCUGUCCCCGCUUACCGGUAACACACCUAAUACUGUGCCCAACUCCACAGCUUUCGCAGAGUUCCUCCGCGGGCAGCACAUCAGCAGCCAUGAGGCGUUGAUCUCUUUCGACGUUGUGUCCUUGUUUACCAACGUCCCCAUAGAUGGCGCUUGCUGUGUGGCCCUUCGUCGCCCGGAGGAAGACCUUGAGUUGCCUGACCAGACAUCGCUCUCCCCUGCUGAGAUCGUCUCCCUGCUAGAGUUUGUCCUGCGUUCCACGUAUUUCCUGUACGAUGGAGCGUACUACGAACAGACAGACGGAGCAGCCAUGGGUAGUCCGGUGUCAGCGGUUAUUGCCAAUCUGUACAUGGAAUCGUUCGAGGAGGAAGCCCUGCAGAGUUGCCCACCCGACUGCCGUCCUACCCUGUGGAAGCAGUAUGUCGAUGACACCUUUGUCAUUGCACCAUGGGAUCAAGCCAGCCGUCUACUCAACCACCUGAACAGCCUCAAGCCCGGCAUCCAGUUCACCAUCGAGAAUGAGCAAGACAACAGCAUCGCAUUCCUGGACACUAUGGUCCACAGGGAACCCGACCGCAGUCUGACCAGCACCGUGUAUCGCAAGCCUACCCACACCGUCCAGUACCUGGCCUUUGACUCACACCACCCAUCAUCAAGACCCAAGACUAGCACCGAAGUGGAACGACCGGAGUACAAGGCUUUCACCACUCUUCCCUUUGUGGACGGUAUCUCCGGACGGCUGAAGAGGAUCCUGGAGGACCACGGCAUCCGCACCGUGUUCCGAUCAUCCACCACCUUGAGGAACCAACUCGUGCAUCCUAAGGAUCCCAUCCCACCCGGAAGACGCGGAGGCGAAACUGGCAGACCAAUUGGCGAGAGAAUCAAGGAGCACCAACACGACGUGAGACUCUCCCGUGUGGAGUCGUCAGCAGUAGCCAAGCACACCUGGGGAGCUGGUCACCACCCCAAUUGGAACAGCGUGCAGUGCGUGGACCAAGACCAGCAUUGGAUGAAACAAGUUGUGGAGAACGUGGAAGACCUGUCGACGAAAUGUCUUCGGGAUGAACGGAUGUGCAACCCCAGAAGAAACAUCACACACGAUCUCACCAUCCGAAGUGUGGAGGGGAACUGA